AUGAUCUUGAUUUCGUGGACAUGCUUUGUCGCAACUGAAUCAUAUUUUGAAGGAACACAACUACUGAGCGAUGUCAAAUUUGAUCAGGGCUUUAAUGUUAUUCCUGCUUGUCAUUCGAAUCCGACUGAAUGUUCUGCUGGACCCCGUUAUCGUUUAUUCAAUCCGUUUUCAACAGCACAAAAUAAGAGUCCCUCGUGGGAAAUUGUUCAAUGGGAUAGUCGUUCGAAUUUGUCUUCUGAUGGUACUUUCAUCAGUGAUGCAAAAAGCAAAGGUAUUCAAUGGGCAACCGAAGAUAAAAGCUUUAUUCUUUUUCAAGACGGUCGAGUACAAUUAGCAGUGAAUGCCUAUCAUGAAUACAAUUGUCACUACAAAGUACCCGAUGCUCCUUGGGUGCAUCUUCUCAUACAACAAACAAUAGGACGCGAAGGUGGUUCAGUACCAUUAAGCGAAGUCACUGAAUUACGUUGGGAUCUGGAUGUUCAUCUUUUGUAUAUGGAUCAACAUGUUCAAUCAGGCUAUAACUCAAACCUUCAUGCUGCCAUAUUUCCACUCUAUAUGACUAUUCAAAAUCUAGUAUAUGGCGAUCCUGAUUAUGGUAAAUAUUUUUGGUUAGGUAUUGGUUUGUAUGAUGAUCGAGUCAGUAUGACUGACUUAUAUGUAAAUGGUGAUGCGGGCACUGGCUCCUUGAUCUAUUCCCCUGCAUUUUCCAAUGUUGCAUCAAAGUCUGUAGGCUCAGGCUCUAUGGUAUAUGUCAGCGGCGAUAUGAUGCCAUUUGUUCGAUUGGGUCUUCAAGCAGCUGUUGAACGGGGCUUCUUGCGUUCGAAUAAUCUUAGUAAAUAUUAUGUUGGUGGCAUGAAUGUUGGUUGGGAAAUAACUGGAUUGAAUAUUGGAACUAUUGAAUUAGCAAGCGUUAGUCUCAAACAAUAUACUGCUCAAAAUCCAAGAUCGUACGAAUUCAAUCGCGAUGGUAAUACAGAAGGGUGGACACCAGUAUCCGAUGUGGAACAAUUGACCAAUGGUCCUCAAAAUGGUCAAUGGAUGCUGAGACCUAAUGGCAGUGAUCCUCAACUCUUAAGUCCUCUACUUAUGCUGGACACGAUGGUCGUUAAAAAGUUAAUUAUCAGAAUAGCUACUGGAGAGCUAUCUGAGGAAUACCUACAAGUAUUCUGGAGUACAAAUAAUAUGGCAAACUCAUUCACUGAAUCAGCUAGUUUUUCAAUUCAAAUAAAACCUGAUGAUAAUUGGCAAGAAUAUACGUUGGAUUUGUCAUCCAAUAUCAAUUGGUAUGGUAUUGUACGUCGUUUACGAAUCGAUCCUGUACGUACUGGCAAUGGUAGUAAUUUUGGUAUCGACUACAUACGAUUCGCUUCUUGA